GCGAUUUCCGAUGACGUCACGGGAAGCUGUGUGAAACGUUUUACACAGGACACCAUCUUCGACCGUGUCAGAAUUUUAUAAAACUAACUGUUUUCACGAAAAACAAGGAUGGUGCAACCAGUGAAGCGUCGACAAGCCAAUGUACAGCGGGUUCAACAGUUGCUUGCUGGGAUUAGCUACAUCAGGUCUCAAAAACAGAUCUCAAACCUGGACCGUCUAGCCAAGUAUAUGGAAAGGGAUCAUGAAGUGAAGAAGACAGAGGUUGAGAGACAGUUACACUAUUCUGUACUAGAUAAUCUCAUCUUGUCUUACACUGGUGUUGGCUUCAAGGGGUCAAAGACAGGCGUAGAAUAUGAGGGGUUCAGGAUUCCAGACCCUGGAGAGGUUGAACCUGAUGAUGAUGGGCAUGACUGGUAUUGCUUUGAGUGUCAUCUGCCUGGAGAGAUGUACGCAUGUUCUGACUGUUGGCGUGUCUUUCAUGCUGACUGCCAGGAUGAGGAUACCGAGGAUAUUAACUAUAUGUGUGCAGUUUGCAAGACGAAGUCAUUUUCCAUGUCAGCAAGAAAGAAGAAGAAAACAAAAAGAAAACUACUGAAUACGUUGUUAAGUUACACAAUUGUCAGGCUGAAAGAGAAGACUAGAGAGUUACACAGAAUAGGUCAUAGGGAAGAAGAGAAGAAAUACAUGCCAUUGUUUGUAUACAAGGCAAUGGAUUUAAAUAAAAUGGAACAGAAGGUGAUGGCUCACAAGUACAAAUGUAUCGAGGAAUUCCUCGCGGACGCUCAUAAUAUACUACACAAUAUGGUCCUUAUAUAUGGAGAUGAAGUAGGAGGCAUGACAGAACUUGCCAAGAUUAUGAUACGAGACUGUAAAUAUGAUAUAGAUGAAAUGGCACAGUGUCAAAACUGUUAUUAUAUGUCCAAUGCUAAACCAAGAGACUGGUUUGCACAACCCUGUGAUCCCCCACAUGAGCUGGUGUAUGCCAAGCUGAAGGGCUACAGUUACUGGCCUGCAAAAGUGAUACAUUAUGUUAACAGUGAAAGAUAUGAUGUCCGAUUCUUUGGCGGACUUCAUCAGCGUGCAGUCAUUCCAAAAGACCAAAUAAAACCAAUUGACACAGAUCUAAAGAAGUUGAAUAUUAAGAAAACAGGAGGUUUUGUAAAAGCAGUAGAAGAGUUAGGGAUACACAAGGAAAUGUUACAGGAGCGUAAAGACGCAGAGGUCGUUGCCGACGAUGACGAUGAGGAUGAAGAGGAAAUAUCACAUCAGGAAACACAGAAAGAAAAACGUAGAAAAUCCAAGGCAUCUGUUGAUGACACUGAUUUAGAUGAAGACAGACCAUACAAAACAAAGAAGGAGAAGAAGAGGAAACAUAAAGAUGAUAUUGAUGAAGUGCCUUAUGAAAAAGAGAAGAAAAGAAAGAAAAAGGAUGAUGGAUUUGACUUUGAUGAUAAUGUUGAGACAGUCAGUUCCAGCAGCUUUUCAUCUUCCAAAAGGUCAAAAAGUAAAAAGGUAUCUUCACCAGAUGACAUUGUCACUUCAACAGAGGAAUAUCCACCUCCAAAUAAGAAGAGUCGUCUCUCUACCAGCAGUACAGCAUCACAAACCAGCAAAAAGCAUACAACAGCUAGUACAACAGUAUCAUCCACACAAACAGAGGACCAGUCUAGUGUUACAUCAGAACAGUCCACAGUGCAAACAGAGGGUAAAACAGAGACCACUCCAACACCCCCACAAACUAAGUCGGAUGAUCCUCCUGUGUUACAAUCAAGCACAGAACCAAAAACAUGUAAUUGUGAUGUGAAAUGUAAUAAACAAUUGAGUGAAACAGUGGAAAAGUUAGAUAGGGAGCACAAAGAGGAUAAGCAAAAAGCUCUUGAUGAGCUUUCAGAAAGAUUACAUAAGGAUUUUGAGGAGGACAAACAGCAAGCUGUAUCACGAGCGAUGAGUAAACUGCAGACAGAGCUUGAUCGUGUACGGCGGCAGACAGAAGAUAAGUGUAAAGAACAGUACAAGGACGAGAUGAAAAAGCUCGCUCAAAAACACAAGGAAACCAUAUCAGCCACCAAGAAGAAACAAUGGUGUUACAACUGCGAGGAAGAGGCUAUGUACCAUUGUUGUUGGAACACAUCAUAUUGUAGUGUGAAAUGUCAGCAAGAACAUUGGCAUAAAGAGCAUAAACGUGUAUGUAGGAGAAAGAGAUAAAACCAGGGAUAAACUGAAUGUAGAUGACCUUAAAAGGUCAAUGUCUCAAGAUAAUGAGGUCAAAGCCAUCUUGUGAGUGCGUGUUCAAGGAGAACUAGUCAACUUGAAGUGGGUAAUGCAUUGUACAGUGAGGAAUUCCAUUUAAAUAAACAAUGAUUUGUCUCUAGGCACCAGGAAGUUAAUUGGAUUUUUAGCUCACCUGAGCAAUGCUCAGGUGAGUUUUUCUGAUCGCUCGAUGUCCGGCGUCUGUCGUCUGUCUGUCGUCUGUCGUCUGUCUGUCGUCUGUCUGUCAACAUUUAGCUUGUGUAUGCGAUAGAGGCUGUAUUUUUCAACUGAUCUUCAUGAAACUUGGUCAGAAUGAUUACCUUGAUGAAAUCUAGGCCGAGUUCGAAAAUGAGUCAUCUGGGGUCAAAAACUAGGUCACUAGGUCAAA